AUGAGAGUGUGUGAGGAGCCCUACUCUUGUAGCUGCUGUCUCAUCCUGCAGCAGGUGAGCAACCUGAGCUCGCACAUCAACUCGACCCUGAAUGAGCUGGACAAGGAGUACUCACAAACACUGCAACAGCUCAGCAAGUUUGAAGCCAGCCGCACUGCCUUCUCUGUCGCUCUUCAAUAUUCAAGCUUUAGGUGCAAUGGCCCCCAGCCAGGAGACUUCACCGUCAUCUACAAGGAAGUCUUCCUUAACCUGGGCGGUAGAUACGACGUGGACACGGGUAUCUUCACUGCCCUCUACCCCGGCGUCUACACCUUUGCUCUCACCAUCCACAGUGACGCUGGGGCUGCUGGCUCUCUCCUGGCCGCCUGCGCCGAACUGCUCCUUAACAGCAACGUGGUGGCCAGUUUGAAUGAGGUAAAUAACCAAGACCAAGAGGAUGGAGCCACUAUUGCUGUUGUCCUGCAACUCAAUGCUACAGACCAGGUGGCCGUCAACAUGCCCAGAGGCUGUUCCCUCUGUGAUGACAGCAACCACUAUAACACUUUCAGUGGCUUUUUGCUGUUUGCUACUAAUUAA